AUGUCGUUCCCUAAACCCUACACCGGCUUUGCCUCGCCCAAGUACCACAAGCUGGAGCUGGCGGCAGAGGGCGUGCUGCACAUGGCCUUCAACCGGCCCCCGGUCAAUGCCUUUAUCGACCCCAAGUGGCAGGAGACGCAGGCGAUCCUCAAGCACGUCCGGGACGACGGCGACGUCAACGUCAUUGUCCUCUCCGGUGAAGGCAGGGCGUUCACCGCGGGACUUGACCUGCUCAACGCCAGUCUGUCGGAUGUCAUGGCGGCCCAGCCCGACGCGGCGCGCAAGGCGGUGCUGAUGCGACGCCACCUGGCCGACUUCCAAGAGGCCAUCAGCUGGUUUGAGCAUGUCGAGAAGCCCGUCAUCGCCGCCGCACACGGCGUCGCCUUUGGAUUGGCCGUCGACAUCAUGUCGGCGUGCGACAUCCGAUACGCCGCAAAGGGGACCAGGUUCAGCAUCAAGGAGGUCGAUGCGGGCCUCGCCGCCGACAUCGGCACUCUGCAGCGCUUCCCCAAGAUUGUCGGCAACGACUCAAUCGCCAGGGAGCUCGCCCUGACCGCGAGAGAAUUCGACGCCGACGAGGCAUUGAGGAUUGGCUUCCUCGGCCGGAUCGUCGACGGCGGCCGGGAGGAGGUGGUCGCCGCUGCGAUCAAGACGGCUAGUGACAUCGCUGCCAAGGCGCCGGUGGCGGUGCGGGCCACCAAGAUCUUUAUGCUGCACGGCCGCGACCACAGCGUCGAGGAGGGGCUGCGGUACACGCAGGCGCUCAACUCGGGCCUUCUGCAGUCCGACGAUCUGCCAGUUGCCAUGCUGGCGGUGAUGCAGAAGCAGAAGCCCCAAUUCGCCAAGCUCUGA